GUCGUCACGGCAAUGCCGGAACCGGCUGCCCCUGCGGUUCCAGCUAUGGCCAAACCUGAGGUCAAGACUGUUCCUCUGGGGACGCACAAGAUGCCCGUCCAGUCCUCCACAGCAGCUGCCAAGCGCCCGGGACCCCGCGCCCUGCCGCAGCCGAAACCGGCUCCGCCUGUGCUGGCGUCCCCUCCACCGCCCAAAGCAGAGGCCAAACUGCCACCUCCGAGUGUCACCAAGGCCGCGGAGCCCCGUGCUGGUCGCCGGAGGCCGGCAGAAGAGCCGGUCCAGGUGCUGCCUGCCAAGAGAAUCUUCGACUGGACCUUGCUUGCCAAGAUCGAUUCUCUGCUUCUCGGGGCGGAGAGCAGCUUCUUCCUCCAUCGCCAAGGGGAUGGCAUUCGGCUCCCGGGCUAUGAGCCCGAAAACUGCGAAAGCAGUGGAUCGGAGGACCAGGAGGAGGAUGCUUGCGAGAGCGAAGAGUCCGAGGAGUCGGACGCUGCAAAGAUUCUGGGUGCACCAGGACCUGCAGAUGCAGACAUGCAGGAGGACGAGGAGUUUGAGGAAGAGGAGGAAGAAGAGAUCGAGGAGGAUGAUGUUGUCGAGGAGGUGGACAAAAGUGAUGCCAUGGCGGCUGUCGUUGCCACCACCAGGCCAAAAGCAAAGAUGCCGCCCCCGCCGCCCAGUGGGGAGGUGUCCGAGCCCAAGGCUCCUUCCUUGUCCACCCGGGCGAAACCACCGCCUCUUCCGAGGGAGCGCCUGCCAAAGCUGAGCGAGCGACGGGAGGAGGACGAAGAGGAGGAACCACCGGCGCCCGCGCUGGAGGCUCCAGAAGGCUCCAAGGAAGAUGAGGAAGGUGUCCAUGAGGAGGACGAGGACUUCAAUGACGAGGAGAUGAUGGCCACGUUUGCGGCCAAACUCCAGGAGCCCUCGGAAGCGGCUGCACCGCCUUUGGAUGCGCGUCGGCGCCCUCUGGCCUCGCGGAACGAGCAGGACUUUGACGGGAAACCUGCAAACAUCGCCACGCGGGCAAAGGCGAAGCCAAAGCCCAAAGCUUGGGGUUUGCCUCCGCCGCUCUCGGGCAAGAAGAAGGCCAAAGAGCCUCCACAGGCGGAGGCGAAGCCUCCACGAGAGCCGGAGGCAGAGCCUCGUCCCCCAGAGGAGGAGCAGCCACCACCGCCCUUCUUCGACCAGUGGUUAGCAAGCCUGAAGUUCGUCGCUGGGUGGAACGACCAGAAGAAGUACCAGGCCUCCGAGGUGAAGGAGGCUUUUAGCGAGUACCUGGCCGCCGAGGAUAUCAUCAGCAAGACCACGGUGGAGCAGCUGUGCAGAACAAUCGUGCCACUACUGCUGGAUCUGGAGAGGGUCGACACCAUGGUCGUUGCAAACCUGCGCACAGAGGUGCUGCGGACUCUGAAGAUUGUGCAGGUUUGCAUCCUGCGGAUCGUCACUUUUGAAAUGCUCCGCGAGAAGUCUGCGAAGGCUGAAGCAGCUAAGAAGAAGGGCAAGGGCAAGAAGGCCCAGGGCGAGGUGCCACCCGAGGGCGCAGCGUACCUUGCGAGUGACAUCACUUCCCUGGCAAAGGUCAUCCAGCAUUUCCGCUUUGAUCAGAACUUCACGAAGGGAGUGCAUCAGCUGAUCGUCGCCUUCCGGAAGCAAAAGGCGGAGACCCCUCGACCUGAGAAAGGCCCUGCCGCCAAGGCGCAGCCGAGGAAAAAGCCCCGGUCGGAGACAGAGGCGCCGGAAAAAGCCGAGGUGCCAGACAAAGCGGAAAAGACGGAGAAAGCCGAAGAGGCGGAGAAAGCAGCAGAAGGAGGAGAGAAGCCUCCAACUGCCACUGAGGAGGACAACGCUGAUCAGGAUGGCGAGGGCGAGGCAGGUGGCGAGCCUGCAAGGAAGAAACCGCGACUCGUCUCCUGA